CACACCUUUUCAUUUUCUGAUUUUUAUGGCACCGUAUCAGUCAGUAUUGUUUCGCAGUACUCUUCGUGACAGACCACGACAGGCUGCUCCCGGUUCAUGGAUUAUACACUUUCCCUCCAAGUGCAACAUCAGCUGGCGGUGUUCCCGACACACUUCUACCGGGGCUACAGUGUGGAGUUACAGAUGAAGUCUACAGAAGUGGACCAAGGGCUAUUCACAGACAGCUACUGCAGAGUGUGCAGUGCUCAGCUCAUCUCCGAGUCUCAGCGGGUUGCUCACUAUGAGAGUCGGAAACAUGCCAAUAAAGUUCGGCUGUAUUACAUGCUACAUCCUGUGGAUGGAGGCUGUCCUGCCAAGAAGCUCAGAACAGAUAAUGGGAACGACGAGGGUGACGUGGACAAGAAUAAAUGUUGCACGCUGUGUAACAUGUCCUUCACAUCAGCAGUGGUUGCACAGUCACACUACCAGGGUAAAAUCCACGCCAAGCGGCUAAAACUGCUACUGGGGGAGCAGCCUGGCAUUACAAGCAAAGAGGUAUCCCCCAACAUUAUAAGGAGCUCUCCAGACACAUCUCCCGUAACCUCCCCACGACAGCGACGUGACUCGGAUCGCUACUGCCAACUAUGCAACGCUUGGUUCAACAACCCCGGCAUGGCUCAACAACAUUAUGAUGGCAAAAAGCACAAGAAAAACGCAGCCCGAGCAGACCUUCUGGAGCAGAUGGGAAAGACUCUGGAUAUGGGUGAGAUGAAAGGUCUGAAAAGGAGCUAUACUUGCGACGUGUGCAGCGUGACAUUGAACUCGGUGGCGCAGUACCAUGCACAUCUGCAGGGCUCAAAGCACCAAAACAAUCUGAAGAAUCAGAUAUGUCUCCAGUGAGCAUGGCGGACAUGGACACACGGACAAAGCAACCGGAUUGAUGUCAGACAAGCUGCGGUCAGCUUGCCCCGCUUUUUUUUUUCCCUCUCUCUCUCUGCUUUUGCUCUGUGAGCUGUCUUGAUUUUUCUCUCUUCUGUCUUUCACCAUCAUGAUUGGCCUGACCCGGCCUGGAAAACGAAGGAAAGUGUUUUUUUUUUUUUUUGUCUUUCCUACUGUAGCACUGCAUCAACUAUGUGACCUGAGAGGGAGAACGAGGGAGAGAGAGAACACUUUACAGUACAAAGCAGUGGAAAGAUUAUCUUUGCACGGGCGAACCACUGCGGUUCCAUACUAUGUUCCUUUUCUUGGCACUUAAACCGGGUUCAAAUAAAUGGCAAUGGAAUGAAUAUCAUGUCUGCGUUACAAAGGUGCAUCCAUGACUUGAAAAUAAACCAUUCAUGUUUUUAUUCUUUAAAUAUAUAUAUAUAUUUAUUUGGAAUUGAAUAA